AUGACGACUCCGUUCCCUCUCUUACGUCUUCCAAGACUCGCACUGAUUCCAGUUUUUCAACAAAUGGAAUUUAUUGAUGUAAUCGCAUUCUCCCUUCUCUCCAAAAGAACUUACAAUCUCUCAAAAAGCCUCUGCAAAAAAGUAUCUUCCCGCGAUAUCGAUCUGGAAAUAGACAAGAACUGUCUGCGUAUAAAGAUUGCUCUGACAGAUGGGUCACCACUAAUACUGUAUUUCCACACAGACGUCUCGAAGACAGUUGAAGUGUUUUAUCGGAAAAACAACGUUCAAUGGAAAAAUGUUGUGUCAUCGCCAAAACAAUGGAUUCAGCGAGUGUUCGAUGUAACAAAGUGUCCAUCGUUAAACAAAUUGAUACUCAAUGGGACCCCAGACUACGAUGUGAUUUCAUUUCUUAAUGUAGUUCCUAAAAUAUCUUACCUCCACAUCUCACGCAACUGUACAAACAGUUUUGCUAUAAUAGCACUUCAAAUUUUCUCGCCAGUCACUUCAAAGAUCACUUUGUCUAAACUUCCCUAUUCGAACCGAGAAGAAUUCCAGAGAUUUUGGUUGAGGGAUGUUGACUGUUUGACUAUCUACGCCGAUGAUUUAUCGAGUUUUCAAUUUAAGAUUGAUGAUCUCCUAGCAUCGAACGCAGUCAAACUUGAAUUGAGCAAAGUCCCAUUAAGUCUGAGAGAGCUCAACCGCUUCUUUUCUUGCUGGUUGAACAAAACAUCUAAUCAUCGGUUGGAGCGUCUAUCAGUAAAAUCACUUGAGUAUUUCGAUGAAGACGUUCUUCUGGAAGGAUUAAAUGCUACUCGUUUCACAGAAAAUCAGACGAGAAAAUUCCGGUCAACCAGCCCGUUCUAUCAAUUUUGCAAACUCACUGGAGGGUUUAAUGUAAGGAGAGUGGAUGGGAAGUUGGCAGCUAUUACACUUGGAAAUUUUUUUGAGGAAACAUUCAUUAAUUUCGAUGUUUGGUCAUGA